AUGUCCUUCCGGUUGACCAUCGAGGACGGCCAGUUUCGUGAUGGUCACGGUCGCCAGGUAGUCCUACGGGGCAUCAACGUCGCCGGGGAUGCCAAACUGCCCAGCGAGCCUGAACAGCCUUCCAACGUCGGCGAUGACUUUUUCGAUGGCGACAAUGUUUCCUUCCACAAACGCCCAUUCGCGGCAGAUGAUGCCCACGUUCAUUUCUCGAGAUUGAAGCGAUUCGGCUUCAAUACAAUCCGCUAUGUUUUCACUUGGGAGGCCAUCGAAAGCGGAGGACCAGGCGUAUACGACGAAGAAUUUGCCCAGCAUACGAUUAAUAUAUUAAGGAUAGCCAAGGAAUACGGGUUCUAUGUCUUUAUGGAUCCUCAUCAGGAUGUCUGGUCUCGUUUUACAGGCGGUUCCGGCGCUCCCCUGUGGACUGUCUACGCUUGUGGUCUUAACCCCCAGAGUUUCGCCGCAACUGAAGCCGCGGUAGUGCAUAAUACAUACCCCGAUCCCGAGACCUUCCCAAAAAUGAUUUGGUCGACCAACUAUUGGCGACUUGCUGCUGCCACAAUCUUCACAUUCUUCUUCGCUGGCCGCGACUUUGCACCCAAAUGUAUCAUCGAUGGUGUGAAUAUCCAAGACUACCUACAAGACCACUUCGUUAACGCAUGCAAAUUUCUGGCCAAGAGGAUUCAUGAAGCAGGGGACCUCGAGGACCAGGUUGUCAUGGGAUGGGAAAGCAUGAACGAGCCUAAUAGGGGUCUUAUAGGGUAUGCGGACUUGACCAGCAUCCCUAAGGAGCAGCAUCUCAAGAAGGGGAGUAGUCCCACGAUAUGGCAAGCCUUUCUCACAGGUAGUGGCCGGGCUUGUGAGGUUGACGUGUGGGAUAUGGGAGGUAUGGGCCCAUACAAGACCGGAACAAAGCUGAUUGAUCCCCAUGGAGAAGUUGCAUGGCUACCAGAAACCUAUGAUGAUUCCCGCUAUGGUUGGAAGCGAGACCCAGGAUGGAAGUUGGGAGAAUGCAUCUGGGCCCAGCAUGGAGUUUGGGACCCAAGCACAGAUACUCUACUUCGGAAGGACUAUUUUGCUCAGAACCCGCACACGGGGAAGACCAUCGACUAUCCUGAAUUCACCAACACAUACUUCAUGGACUUCUGGCGCAAGUCAAAGGACGCAUAUAGAAGUUGCCACAAGGACUGCUUGCUUCUCAUGCAGUUCCCUACUUUGGAAAUUCCACCUAAAAUCAAGGACACCCCCGACGAUGACCCGAGGCUGGUCUUCACUCCCCAUUACUAUGAUGGAAUUACUCUUAUGACCAAGCACUGGAAUAGCACCUGGAACGUCGAUGUUGUUGGCGUCUUGCGUGGUAAAUAUUUGCACCCCGCCUUUGCCAUAAAGAUAGGGGAGACUGCUAUUCGGAACUGCCUUCGGGAUCAAUUAAAGUUUCUUCGUGAGGAGGGCAAAGAGCAGACCGGGAAUCAUCCAUGUGUUCUUACCGAAUUCGGUAUUCCAUAUGACAUGGAUGAUAAGCAGGCCUACAAGACUGGUGACUACUCUAGUCAGAGUUCUGCUCUGGAUGCGAAUUACUUUGCUGCCGAGGGUGCAAACCUCGAGGGCCACUGCCUCUGGCUAUACUGUGCUACGAAUAACCACAAUUGGGGCGAUAGAUGGAACGGAGAAGAUCUGUCCAUCUACUCGACUGAUGAUAAAAUCCCAUCGCUCUCAGCGGUACCAAGGAACACCGCCUUACAUCGUAGCGCUUCCACCGAGUCGAAGUCUGCUACCAGUGCCAAUGCAAAAAUUCUUCCCGACGACGAAACCGUAACUCCUGCAAACCUACAGAGGACUCUAACCAAUCCGUCUAUCAGCUCGGAACCCUCGUCAAAACAGCCAGAAUUGACGGCAGCAAGUGGGUAUCGUGCCGCCGAGGCGUUCAUCAGACCUACACCAACAGUCGUUGCUGGCGAUGUGAUCCAGUAUGGCUUCGAUCUUCGGAGCUGCACGUUUACGUUGAAAUUGUCGGCAGAAAAGGCCACUUCGGACGACGCACCGACCACUGUAUUUUUACCAGAAUAUCAUUUCCCCAAGGAUCUUUCUGAUGUCUCGGUAUCCGGCGGCAAGUGGGAAAUAAGCUCAGACGAGACUGAGGGGCCUCUGCUUCAGCGAUUCAAGUGGUGGCAUUCCGAAGGCGAGCAAGACCUUAAAAUUACUGGUCUUGUUAGAAAACACAACGUUCCCCAGGGAUCUCCGGAGGAUGCUGGGUAUUUGGAGCAGUGCCAGCAGGGUUACGGGUUUAACUUCUCGAACUGCAGCGUAAUGUGA